AUGGAUGAUUUCCUCAACCUCUCAGGAACAAAAAUGUCAGGACAGGCUACGAGCGAUCAAGAGAGCUUGGAAGAGGACGAGGGGCCCGCUGCGCCGCCGGGUGGGCAAGACAUUGUCAGCCCUCGGCAUACAGGCAACUCUCUUUCACUGGGGUCAGAGAAAGCUACAGAAGGCGUGGACGGGCGGGACCACAAUGAGGAUGUUGAUGGGCAAGUGAGAGAAGAGGGCCUGGGGCAAACCCCGAUGACUGAUGGCAUUUUUCCUCUAGCCGAGAGGACAGUGCAUCACGAGUCUUCGAGGAAUGGUGAGUCGGGUGCUCCCCAAGUGACCGCGGACCUUCUGCAGCAACCACAGACUCUCCCCAGCACAUCGCCGGGAAAAAAGGAAGAUUGCACCAAUAAAUUAGGCUUGAAUAGCAGUACAACGUUGAAUGCGUCACAGCGGAUACCAGCUACGCUCCCACGUCAGGGAUUAAGCGGUAUUUCAAGAAGUGUUACGCCGACAGAUCACAGUGAAGACGAGGAGUCGGAAGACAGCGACGACAAGUAUGGAAGCGUUACUCCGCGAAUGAAACAUGGUAGCACCGCCCGCCUGUCAAUGUCGGACAGUGCCUCUCCUGAUCUCAGUGAGGACGAAUCGAGCAGUGACGAUGGCUCGGACGACGAAGAAGGCGCUGAUGCUCAGCAGAGAGAAGGGAACCCUUUGGGGAAAUUAGCAUCACUGGCUAUAGCUCCGGCGUCAGACAUACAGGGACAUCAGGAAGAUACUCAAGAAAGGGAAGACGGAUCGGCGGCCAAUGCGUUACAUGUAGAGCGCCGAGGGUCGCAGCCGCCGAUAACGGAUACCAUCCCGCCAACCGUGGAAGGGGGAAAUCCAAGCAGAGACCUUGGAGCGAAUGAAAACCUUGUUGACGAGAGGGAGCAUGAAGUUGGAGAUGGCAUACUUCAGCAGCGCACCGUGGACGAUAAUCAGAGCAGCUCGCCAGGGGCGGCGAAGACUCUGUGUGACGACGCCAUGGAGGGCAAUGGUGCUUCAACUGACCAAGUGAGCGCGGGCCUGCAAGGCGAUUCAGAAAGAGUCCGCAGCCCCAAGUUCACGGACUGCAGAUCCGUACCACGGGUAGAAAGCAAACCUCUGGAGGCAACGGAGGACUCGCAGUCCGCCGCGGGCGAAGUGAUACUGCAAUCUCCCCCAAGCGGAAGAGAAAGCGAAAGCAGCAGGGCGCAGUCUGAUUUGUUUGGAAGUGUCCCGGAGAAAACCGCCGAAUCGUUGCUGACUGAUUUUGAGGAAGCCGUUGAUAAGGGGAGCUCUUCAGAUCCAGACGUAGCAUCGAGCGCGACUCCUUCGCCUGAGGAACCCAGUCCGUCCGAGGCAACCCCCCGAAUCCCGUCGUUCUCCGCCGGGUGCGGUUCCAGCAAUCAGAGUCCCUCCUCAGCGCAGGACAGUCCUUCAGGUCGAUCCGAAGCCGAGUCGCCAGCAAGUUUGCGCGACGACGAGGGGGAGGCAGGCGGAGUAUUUCCACCAGGCGCAGAGGCGUGGCCGUCGGACACACUGAACGGCAGAGAGUUGAGGGACAGCCCAAGCUUCGGCGCUGACUCGAAGUGGCGAUCGUCCAGUCCGCCUUGUCGAACAGAAGACAUCCCCGCGAGCAGAGACUUGUCGCCAAGCCCGCCCACGGAGGCGCCCUCACCAGCGCCUAUACCAGAGAGAGACGGCAUGGCUGAUAGCUUCGCCCUGCCGUCGUCCGCUGGUGGCCAGGACGGCUACGAACGCCUACCUAUGAAAGCGAAGCUCCGAAUGUUCGAGGAAAUAUCCAAGCAAAGGAGCGCAGAAAUCAGCAGAUCAUUCUCCGCUUCGAUGGGGUCUCGGCGGGCCGACGGUGUCCUGCGCGCUUCCAGUCGAAGGGACGUGAGCCCGCGGAGAUGCGAUCCUCCAUCUGAGACAGCACUCCGCGAAAGAGAUGAGCAAAUUGCGAAACUCAUCGGUCUGCUGAAACACAGAACCGACACACUGGGUGCCGUCGGCGACCAACUCGAAAAAAAGGAGAGAACGCUGAAAACGAUUAACGAAGAAAACGCGUCCCUCACUCGAGAGUUCUUGGACAAAUUGGCAUCAACUGUCCAGGAGCAGCGCCUGCCUACGCUUCCGGCGCCUUCGAGGUCCACUGUUGCAACAUCGUGGCUCGCUCAGGAGGCUUGGAAUGAAGAGGCAAAACAAGAAGCGGCUGCACGGCUUGCCAGCUGCUCGUCCAGCCUACCAAGUCGGUGUUCUUCAAACGCAGCACCAGAGGCCUCGUCCACUCUUGUGGCUGAGCCAGCCUUGGCAGCUGGCCAACAUGCCCCUUCUCCUCAGGUUUCCCGUGUGGUUAGCAGCGCUCCCAGUGAGCCGGAUGUUAUUGAAAACGCUGAGAAGUUUUCGCGGACCACAACAGAGCAAAUCGAUCAACCCGACGAGUCCGAAGCUCCGAUGCCUUCUAGUGCCGUUGAGGACGAGGGCACCAGGCGGCAGUCAACAGAAGACGCAUCCAGUAUCAGAAAUGAACCAGACGAAAUAGAGCAGGACGAGCAGCCUGGACUCCAGGGUGAAAGCUCAGUGAUAUGCCCUUCGCUCCAGGAUAAAGUGAAGUGGUUUGAAGACCUCCAGAACAGGGAAGGAGUCGAAGAACGACAGAAGCCUGCGCAGACGACGGCGAGCCCUGCGCACAUGGGCGUCCCGUCUCACGAGCACCCUGAUGCUGGAGACACGAGCCUUCGAAGAAGGGAUAGUUCUAUAUCGAGCCCCACCCAGCAUCCACUUCUUGCAGAGAAAGAUGCGGAAAUCGCCAGGCUGCUGGCUUUGGUCAAACACAAAGAAGAUCUAAUUGAUUUGGCUAAGCAGGGAGUUGCCGAGAAGGAGGAGGAGAUCCUGGCGAGGCUGGCACAGAAGUUUUCCCUGUCGAGGGACUACAUGCAUUAUCUGGCAGAGCAUCACGAAAAGGCUCCUGAAAUUCUGCGCACGGGAAAGUCGUUUUGUCGACCCGGCUCCUCGAACAAUAGGGAGGCAUCUGAGACGGCGCAGGAGGUAAGAACCGGGUCUCUGCUUCAAAGGUACUUUGAGGUAGGAGGCGCUCUGAAUAUGGUCAGGGUUCACUUCCAGGGUGUAUGCUCGCAGAGCCGGCCCGGGGCCAGAGAAGGCAGUCGCGACGAAUCUCGGGGGAAAUUCGGCAUAUCUGCAAGAAACGGCUUGGGGCAGUCCGAUCCCAUAAAUCGCAAAAACGUGGCAGAUUCUCAGCGCGGGUCUUACGGCACUCGUAUCGAGCAUAAAAAUAAGCCGCAUUUGCAAAAGCUUUCCAGUAAAGUUGUUGCUCCACUGAGGAACCUGGCGACUCUCGAGGAGUGGCUGUCAGAAGAAUUUUCUGCGCAAGAAAAGCCGUGCUCAGAUGCAGCUACCAUGGAAAUGCAAGCUGCAGUCAGUUCGGAAGGCAAUCCCCAUAGUUCAGCAUGGGCGGGCAAAGAAACAAAGAACCCAUAUCCGUCUCUAUACCCAGAAGCGAGCAAGAGGCCUGGAUUUACCACGCGGAGCGGUACAGACGGAUGUCUCACAGGAGACCGAACGAUGAGGUGUGAUGACUUCCUUAUUCACCGGCAGAGAAGUCUGAAUGCCAAAGAUUUCGAAGCCGAUGACCUCCGCGCCGAGGAAGAGGCGGCGCUUGAAGCUCUCAGGCAGUAUGCACAGCGACAACUCCCGGCUACAGACGCGCACGAGGCUAUCCCUGACAGCAAUGACGAUUGCUCCGCUAACGUGGGAGUGGCAGGCACACCUGAGGGGCAGCCUCGUGGGCAUCGCGCGGCAGGAAGAUGGCACAACACUGUGCUCCAGACAAGCUUCGGUGAUACGGCUGCCGUCAAUGCCUCUCCGGGUCGGUCGGAGAGAUCCAGAAGCGGCAUUCAACAGUCUGCCUUCGAGGGAGGCAAAUCCGACGACUCGGAGGAGAAAAGUCGCCGCCCCACUGAUUAUUUAAGCUCCACCAGUACGAGGCUUCGCGCAAGCGCACGGCCGAGCGAAGGAACUAGAGGGGAUACAUCGAGCGGACAGAGUCGUGAAACACCCAUGUUUAGCCACCUUUUGUUGUGUUGUGCAGGAGCAGAGAAGCAGGUUCAGUACCCUGGAGAGGAACAACCUUCGCUGGGGGAGUCCACGGUUGCUUUCCCGGGUCUGGCGAGUUUCUGGCGAGAGGCUCUCGCCUAUGCUGGCAACGAGGAGAGUGAAGACCUGGCACAAAACCUCCUCGAACAAGUCCACCGGGUGCCUGGUGCGGCUCAUGCUUAUGAGACCGGAAAUAUUCACAGUCUAAGCCAAGGAGCCACUGGUACGGCGCAUGCCAAACCACAACACCAGAGUGUGUCAAUGUAUAGUACGCUUUCCGUUUCCAGUCACUCCGAGGGGAAAAAGCUGAAGGCAGAAUUAUUUUUCAAGACGUUACUGGAUAAAACCAAGGCUCGCGUGGAGAGAUACAUGAAAGAAGCAGAACUACGCGGACUUUUUACCCCAGCUGAACUGAAUAGAGCUCUUCGCACGUACGAUGAUGUGAAGCAGAUGGCAAUGGAAGUCCGCGACACAAGGAAGGAAAAUCAAAUAUUGAGGCAAGCAAUGUUGGAUAGCAGUCACAAGAUGGAGACGAUUGUUGAUGGCCUACAAGAAAUGAACCACACCGAAAGGCUAUUGCCAUCAUCGAGAUCAGCGGGGACCAGUGCUCUUCGAGUGCGAGUACCUGGCUCUCAGCGUGGCCUUUCUGACCCUGCUUUUGACGCCAAUCGCCAAGAAGAUGACGUGUUUCUCAGCCCAGGAAUCACGGGUCUUCCUUCUAAUCAGCAGACGAGGAAAUCGGCGGACGAGCGAUCCGCGUCUAAAGGAGGUGGCAGCGGAAGCCGAGACGACGGGAGCAUGGAACCCGGCUCUCCAGUGAACAUUUCCAUCACAACCUCCGAUACUCCACAGGAUAUUCGAGUUGCUUCAGACAGUGCUGCGCAACCCAAUCAUUUUAACGCGACCCGUCUGCACCAAGCCACUCGCCUUAUUCAGAUACAGGAAAAAAGAAUUGCGGCGUUGCAGGAGCAACUCUAUGAGCUCACGAAGAGGUGUAUGUAUCUCGAAGAAUUGGACGAUACGAUGUGGGGAUUGAUUGAAGAGAGGAUGGAAAACGACGCAAGGACAACAGAGAAGAUCAAGGAAACGUAUGAGCGAUCGUGCGCAGAAUUGCGAGCGCGCCUGGGUCAAUAA